AUGACCGAAAAACGACCCAAUUUCUUAAUUAUUGUUGCCGACGAUUUGGGAUGGUCUGAUGUAUCACCAUUUGGAGGUGAAAUCCAUACACCUAAUCUCCAAGCUUUGGCCGAGAGAGGUAUCCGUUUCACGGAUUUCCACACUGCCUCCGCGUGCUCACCCACUAGAUCCAUGCUGUUGAGUGGUACGGACCACCAUAUUGCCGGUUUGGGUCAAAUGGCAGAGACAAUUAGUAGAUAUCCUCACCUUUGGAAAGGAAAGCCUGGAUAUGAAGGGUAUUUGAACGACCGAGUUGCCGCUUUGCCUGAAAUUCUGUCUGACAAUGGAUACAGAACUUUGAUGUCUGGUAAAUGGCAUCUGGGUCUUACCGCAGACAGAACUCCUGCUGCUAGGGGUUUCCAGGAGUCGUUUGCUCUCUUGCCUGGUGCCGGAAACCAUUACGCAUAUGAACCAGGUACUUUCGAAAAGCCUGCUCUGCCAUUCUUACCCCCAUUGUAUAGCAGGAAUGACAAGUUUGUUGAUUAUAAGACUCUCCAACAAACUGAAGGGGGUUUCUACUCUUCCGACUACUUCGCUACUCAGUUGAUUGACCAAUUAGCCACUACUGAUAAAAGUAAACCAUUCUUUGCUUAUCUCCCAUUUACCGCUCCUCAUUGGCCGUUGCAAGCACCAAAAGAGAUUGUCGACAAGUACAAGGGUGUUUAUGACGAGGGCCCAGACGUGCUCCGAGAAAAGCGUCUUGAAGCGCAACGUAAGUUGGGCUUGAUUGAUGACACUAUUACCAUUGCCCCUGUAGUCACUGGAGAGAAAGAAUGGAGUGAAUUGACUGCGGAAGAAAAAGCAAAAUCAGCUCGUACCAUGGAAAUUUACGCUGCCAUGGUCGAGCUCUUAGAUAAGAAUGUUGGUAGAGUAGUUGAUCACUUGAGAGAAACCGGCGAGCUUGACAAUACUUUUGUUUUGUUCAUGUCUGACAAUGGCGCUGAAGGAUCUAUUUUGGAGGCAAUUCCAAUUCUUUCUGCUAAUCCACCUGUCAAAUAUUUCAACAAUUCGUUUGAGAAUCUGGGUAAUCAUGAUUCGUUCAUUUGGUACGGACCACGUUGGGCUCAGGCUUCUACGGCCCCAUCCCAACUCAGUAAAGGGUAUAUUUUAGAGGGUGGUAUUAGAUGUCCACUCAUUGUUUCAUAUCCAGGAGCUGGCAAGCAUUCCAAUGUCAUCUCUCGCGAGUUUACUACGGUAAUGGAUAUUCUUCCCACUGUUUUAGAGCUGGCCCAAAUUAAACCAGUUGGAGAAACUUUCAGAAGUAAGCCUGUGCUGCUUCCUAGAGGAAAAUCCUGGGCCAAGCAUUUAGAGUCUAUUACAGCUAAAGUCCAUCAGGAGACCACCUUCACUGGUUGGGAGCUUUUUGGACAGAGAGCCGUCAGACGUGGAAACUACAAGGCUGUAUAUAUUCCUAACGAGGAAGGAAACAAUGAUUGGGAACUCUAUGAUCUGACCAAAGAUAAGGGUGAGACUAAAAACAUUGCUAAAGACCACCCUGAUAUUCUUGCUGAUCUGCUGGAAUUCUGGCUUCAGUACGAGGCUGAGACUGGUGUUGUUGUCGCUCCUGAUGAUGAAGCAUACACUCUCAGACUAUUUUUCAAUCCUAGUAAGCGAGCCGUUUAA